AUGGCACUGACCAGAGAACGGCGUUCAAACGCCGGCAAUAAAAUGGCAAAAUUACUGAAUGAAGAAGAGGAAGAUGAUUUUUAUAAAACUACUUAUGGAGGUUUUGAUGAAGUGGAGCAGGAUCACGACUACAUGGAAGAAGAUGAAGCAGAAGAUGAAGUAGAUUCAGACUUUAGUAUAGAUGAAAAUGAUGAGCCUAUUUCUGAUACCGAACAAGAGGGACCUAAGAAGAAACGUAGACUAGUUACAAAAGCUUAUAAGGAGCCCAAAGUUCAAUCUAAUCAAUUGCCAUUCAAAGAGAAGAAAGUGAGGCAGCCUAGGCAAAGAACUUUUAUCGAGAGCUCAGGAAGGAAAUCUAUACGUCGGUCCACUGCUGCAAAAUCUGCGGCAACACAAAGGAGACUUACCGAGAGAAACGAGCAUCAAAAGAGAAAAACUAGAAUUAUAAGGCACGACACAUGGAAGCCUACUCAGGAAGAAUUAUUGGAAGAAGCGUUGCAAACUGAACAAAUAAAUAUGAAGUCGCUAGAAAAAUAUCAGAAACUAGAAAAUGAAAAGAAAAAUACAAGGACAGUAAGAAAAGCACAAACUGGUCCUAUGAUUAGGUAUCAGUCCUUAGCAAUGCCUGUUAUGAUAUUUUCUGAAGUGAAUUAUGAUAAAGAAGAAGAUAAAAUUAACGUCGAAGGAGACGACGAGAAAAGUGCAAACGUAGAAAAUAAAUGUCCAGACGGUACAACGGACGAAAGUGUUGUGACCAUAAAAACAGAGAAUGAUACGACGAACGUUCCCAAAAGGGAAUCUUCUCAAAGUUCCAACAAAGGCUAUUACUAUGAACAAACGAAAGGAUAUUACGAAAGGACCUUCAUCACCUUUGAGAACGAACAAUUGUUUUCCAAAGCUUUCAAGAAACCUUCAACUUCAAGACCACCAAUGGAACCGUUAUGUGCAAUUACUAGACUUCCAGCAAAAUAUCUGGAUCCCAUGACUCAGCUACCAUAUAAAAAUGUGCAAACGUUCCGCCUGUUGCGUGAAGCAUAUUAUCAGCAAUUGGAAGCUCGAACAGAUAUCAAUUAUACGUCACAAAGCUCAGACUUACUACGAUGGCUCGAGUGGAGACAAAAAAAUCAUGGUGGUCUAGCUCAGAGAAACACGGUUCGCCUUGAACCAGCUUCCGCAAGUAUGCCUAUGUAG